AUGCACAUCCUCAGCAACCUGCUCGUCGUCACCACUGCCGCCAGCGGGCUCGCCUUGACGGCCGCCGCGCCGUCUCACCCUCCGUAUUCUGCUGCUUCGCGUCCGGGACCUCUGCAGCAACUAUCGGCGCCAUCGCCACCCUCUUCUUUGCAUCUUGCAUCUGCACCCGGCGCAGCUUCAAGUAGCGUCAAUGGUGCACUAUCUUUCAGCUCACCGCAGGCUAAACAGUACUACGUUGGCAACAGCUACCCGACCGUCCCAUUCCCCGUCCCCGAAUCGUGGGCGGGAUUGAUGCCCAUCUCGCAGGACUCGCAGUCAUUGAAGCGCUUCUUCUUCUGGCUCUACCCAGCGCAAGACGAGUCGAAUGAUUUUGCCAUCUGGCUCAACGGCGGUCCCGGGUGUAGCUCGCUCGAAGGGCUGUUGCAGGAGAAUGGGCCAUUGAGUUUCGCUUGGAAUGUCUCGGGCUUCCCGGACCAGCCUUACGUGCAACGCAACCCGUACAGCUGGACAAACCUGACCAACAUGCUCUGGGUCGAGCAGCCCGUUUCAACAGGCUUCGGGACCGGCACGCCGGACGCUAAGGAUGAGAACGACGUGGCGGACGAGUUCUACGGCUUCUUGACCAACUUUAUGGCCACUUUCCCUGAGCUUAAGGGCAAGAACCUCUACAUCACGGGCGAGAGUUACGCUGGCAAGUACAUACCUUACAUCGCUUCGAACAUCUACGGCCGUAGCGCAGAAGAAAAUGCCGCAAACGGCCUGAACCUCAAAGGCAUCGCCAUUAAUGACCCGUCCUUUACCGGCAACUUUUUCGGCGAGGAGGCCGCCUCGAUUGAGUUUGCCAAGCGCUGGCAAGACGACCUGCGUCUGUCCGACGGUUUCAUCAAAGCCCUUGACGCCGACGCUGCCAAGCACAAUUUUACCAAUUUCGUCGAGAAGAACCUCGUCUACCCGCCGCCCAAGGACGGGAUCCAAAUCCCCAAGGCAUACGCCGCUGAUGACAACUACGAUCCGUGGGGCACCAUCUACGAUCAGGCAACCCGGCUCAACAAGAACUUCAACGUCUACAAUGUCGCCAUGUCGUAUUACACCAAAGACUCCCUCGGCUAUCCGCCGGCCCAAUACACCGCUUCCUCCAAGAACAUCCUCAACGAUAUCCAGGGCUUCAAGGAGCUGAUCCACGCACCGAACAAGACCUGGCUGGAGUGCACGGCAGGUCCUGUCUUCCCCACUGGCGACGCUUCGCCGGCACCGGACGUGUCCGUAUUACCAGGUGUCAUCGAAAAGAGCAUGCGGACGGUCAUCCAGCACGGCAGCCAGGACUUUAUUCUGUUGAGCCAGGGCAGCCAGCUUGCAAUCCAGAACAUGACCUGGAAUGGAGCGCGCGGGUUCCAGUCCAAGCCGAGCGCCACGCUUAUCGUGAACGGCAAAUCUGCUGGAACAUACCAUGCGGAACGUGGAUUGACGUUCAUUGAGGUCGAGGGCUCGGGCCAUAUGAUCCCGCAAGAUAGGCCGGCAACUGCGUUCAAGAACAUGCAGUACUUGCUCGGUCAAAUCGACCUCGAUCAGCUGGGCAAGUCAGCGCAGGGGAUUCUUUAA